CCCUUCCGCAAGGCAAAGAAGAAUAACUCGCAGCAAAAUUACUAAAAAGGAAGUUGAACUCUCAACAAUGAACGUUCCAAUUGCAAGUUCAGCGCCGACUGGAUACGUAUUAUCUCAGCCAGCAAUGGGUGUCACGCACAACCAUCAAGCAAUGGCACCGCCUGGAUCCCCAGCCUCAUCAGCAUCGACACCUCAACAACAGAUGGCCGUCUCCACGCCUCCUCACGAGGCUAGCCCCCAUAUGAACUCUUCGCCUGCGCCGCCAACAGCUGCAACGAUUCAAUUUCCGCAGUGUGUAACGUCGGUUGGUACCGUUAUGCCCCAGUCACCAACAGUUCUCCAAACGAUGGCUCAAGGGGGCACCACACUGCAGUUUCCUUCGCAGGUGUCGGUGUUACAGCAGGGCACCCUCAACCACGCCGGCUACAUUCAACCUAUUUACCAAGCGACAGCUGCCGGUCAACAGCAAGUGCUGUUAUCACCGGCCGGUGGCCUAACGAUACAGCAACAACUGAGUCAAGGUCAAAUUACUGUAAUGACGGGACCGGGAACUCAGCCUCAGGCUCAGGGAACGCCGCAGAAAAUGGCUCAAGACAGUCAAGGUAAACCAGUAAUAGCUGGCAUGGCAGCAGGUCAGCCGAACAAGGGUGUUCAGGUGAUGACAAGUCAAGGUGGUGCGGUAACGAAUGUGGCAGGCAAAAUGACCAUGGCCGGUGGAAUUGUGGCGGGAAUGACCGCGGCUCAUAAGGGCAGUGCCCAACAAACAGCUGGACAGAUUGUCACCAACGUAGCGCCCCAGACUCAAUUCGUGACUCAAUCUGGCGCCAACGGACAAGCCCUCGUCUUCAGUCCUUUGGGUAUGACCAUCACCAAUGCACAGGGGGGUAUGGUUGGUAGUGCGGGUGGUGUACUUCAGGCGACUCAGACAGCUCAAGGUCCAAUCACCAAAACUGGUCCGAGCCCACAGCCGCAAACCGCCCACAAGUUCAUACCGGCUGGUCAACAACAGCAAAAGACUGCUACAGCUCCGCAGCAGCCGCAGUUGCAGUUAGCCGGACUUCCUCCAGGGGCUCAAUAUCGACAAAUCAAUUCUACAACUGGCCAGCAACUGGUGGCCAGUCAGGUUGGCGUAGGCCAGGUGGGUACAGUUGGCCAGCCCGUAAUCGGCCAAGCGCAAACGAUUCUCGGUCCCUUGCAGACGCUCAACGCAUUCGGGCCAGGCAUUUCGUGGACGGGACCACUUUCCGGGCAGCCUAUUCUGCAGCCAUCCAUCCUCAUACGAAAUCAACACGAUGGUAGUGUCUAUAUACAACAGCAACAACCGCAGCAGCAGCAUCAGCUGCAACAGACGGCGAGCACGACACCUGUUCAGGUUCAAGCCCAACAGUUACAGACUACCGCAGCACCGCAGCUCAGUGGGCCUGCUGGCGUAGCUACGGUCCACCAAAUGCCAACGGGUGUCCUGCCAACUGUAGUUCACGCCGGUCCUGUGCCAACGCUGAUGCAAGCACAGGUGCAACAGCAGCAACAACAACAACAGCAGCAGCAACAGCAGCAGCAGCAACAACAACAAAAUCAAUCACAACAACAGCAGCCUUCACAGCAACAGCAACCACAACAGCAGGCGCAGCAACAGCCGCAGCAGGACGCGCAGUCUCAACUUCGGACCGCUCUUCAACAGAGUCUUCAACGAACUCAGCAGGCGCAGCAGCAGCAACAGCAGCCGCAAACGCAGCAGCAACAACAGCAGCAACAACAAUUACAACAACUUAGUCAAACAGGCCCGCCUACUCAGUCAACAGCACAACAAACACCGACGACAAUCUCAGCUAGUUUACAGCAACAGCCAACAGCUCUUAUGCAACCCGAAACGCUUUUUCAUACAGGGCAACACAUAUCGGUUCAGACCAAUGGCCAACUUUUGACGGCGAUUCCGACUUCGAUGCAGGCAGCCGGAGCUCCGCGACUAGUUCGGCCUAUCGCGUCUCAACAAGCAAAUGUCGGGCCGAAAGUACAGGCUGGCCCUCGUGGCCUUCGGGGCAUCGCCAUCCGGCCGCAACCUUCUGUAGAGACGCCUACGAUAACUGCAGCUGAUGGAGCGCCAGUUAGUCAGCAAGUACCCACGACCACCCCAAGUGCUGCAGUGGCACCUAUACCACAAACAGCGAAGCUAGAGGAUGCUGCAGACGCGAAGCUCACCGUCGCUGUAGCUCCAACCGUUGUUCAUACAUCUGAACAGAAGGGCACCGAUAUGAGAAUGCCUGCCCCCAAACCGCCUGUAACUGCCAGUAGUCCUAUGCAAACCCAUAAUACAACCCCUGUUGCCUCAUCAGCUGCAGUAACUCCUAUGGGAUUGGAACAGGCCAAAGAACGAUCUCAACCCCCACACGCGUCAUUACCACCUGUUGCCACGGUGCCCCCGCUUGAACUCGUUUCACAACCAAUUGCUGCUGCUGUUCCCAUGACAUCACUGCCAGACCGAUCAGAUGGACCGCAAGGAAAUUCGAUGUCGCCACCUAUCGGUGCGCCAUUCCCAGAGGAUGUUGGACCAGUACCGGACACUCUUGAGCAAGCGUCCGAGAUUCUCACGCAUAUCAUCGAGGGCUACGUGAUCCGUGAAAGUUCAGAGCCUUUCCCCGUGAGCCGAAGCGCUCUUCUCAGUGAGAUGAUUCGUCGUGAGCAAGCCUCCGCCGCCCUCAGUAAAGAACGUAAACGUAAGCUUGAAAACAACAGCAACGUAAACAGGGCACCAACUGCGUUAGCACCGGCAAUAACACCUGCCGCAUCGAAAAGUGUGACAACCGAUGACGGCAUUUCAGCUCCGGCGGGCAAGACAACAGUAGAAAAGUGCAACACAGUUGAGUCUACAGAAGCUAUACAGUCUCAGGCAACCGCUACAUCAGCUGUUGGAGGCACUGCUGCACAACCUCAGACGACUCAGACGGUACCAGAAAAUACAGCUGCCAAUGAGACUCCUACAGUCGAACCUAAACCCUCCAUCGCCGACAAACCUGCGGAACCUAAUUUGCCAUGUAACUGGAGCGUUCAAGAGGUAUACGAUUUCAUCAAAAGCGUACCAGGCUGCGCUGCUUACGCAGACGAAUUUCGCUCGCAAGACAUCGAUGGAGAAGCUUUGCUUUUCCUUAAAUCCGAACAUAUGUCAUUAAUGAACGUUACAAUCGGUGCAGCUGCCAGGAUUUGUGCUCGGCUCAAUCAGCUAUGCGGUGACCGUCGAAAAACCUAAAAGUGUUGACCCAAAAUUAGGCUGCUCGACACCUACCCGCUACUAGACUCAUGCCGCUUAUAACUUACGUUAAGGUAACGAAUCAGUCUAGUGCGGCCCAUCCCAAUUCAAUCAUGAAUGUAGCACUGCUAUCGGCGUUAACAGGUCGAUGCGGAGGUUUUUCAGAAUUUUCGAGGUUACACAAUGAUGACAUGAAAUACCAAAUAACCAAUUUGUCCGCUACAUGCUUUUCUCUGUACAUAUAUCUCGACACGAAAAGGCCACACGAUACAUGAUAAAAUAAUAGUUAGUAAUGGCAAAGGCAUAUUGGGAAAGGAUACAGGUUGCAUCCUUAUGUGUGGCUAUCGGUUUUAAAUCAAAUCAAAUUUCGAUUGGAUUGUGCAAGAAACAACAAAUAAUGCGAUAAAAAUUAAAAAGGUCAAAUGCGUGCUUGGACUCGAUUAAAAGCAAUCGUGGCAAUAGAUAUAAAAAGAAGGGCAUGCCCGUGUUCCUUGACAUUGAACGGCAACUGAUUUGCUAUUUGUGAGAAUGUUCACAAUUGUGGAGUGGAAGGACGGCAAAAAGAAAUUUACUUUCUGCUUUGUAUUAUCGUGGCGCCGUAUUUUAACGGUUAGCGAUCCUGUCUGACUCACACAUAUAUGGAUGUAUAAACUUAAACCAACUCAUACGAAGCUGGUGUAUAUUUUAGCCAGUUCAAUUCAGCUCAGUACAGGUUCAACUAGAUACCACAACCGGCGAUCAAUUCGUAUUGAAGACGUCUACGGCAGUUGGUGACUAAAAGGUAAUCUUUCUCCGAAAAUCCAAUGAUGAUUUGAGUUUUUUAAUGUGUUGAGUUCUCAUGGCAGUGUAAAACAACCUCGAUUUCGUGCACGAACCUUCCUUACGUCAUCUUCGUUUCUUAUGUAUUUAUUAUAGACUUAUAAUGGUUCGUACUGUCUGAUCUUCACAGUCUUGUCCAGUUGCAGGCGAGUGCCAGAUGUGGCUUUGAGUAAGUGCGUC